AUGCGCGCUUUCAUCUGCCUUGCUGUCUCCGCACUUGCGGCUGUUGUUGCCGCUAAUAGCACUGCCAACCCCUUCCAAAACCCUCCCGGUGGCUACACCUUCACUGUCGGCCAGGCCACCACCCUGGUCUGGCGUCCUACCACUCCCGGCACCGUCUCCCUGCGCUUGCAGCACGGUGAGCUGACCACUUCCACCGACGGCACUGCCAUUGCCUCUGGUAUCCCCAACGAUGGUAGCUACACCUGGACCGUCCCCUCGGACGUGAGCUCGGAGGCGUACACCAUCGAGAUCAUCUCCGAUGAGGACGCGGAUGACUACAACUUCCUGCCCCGCUUCGUCAUCGCCGGAGCUACUGCCGCCGCGACUACAUCCAGCGCCGCCCCUACCACCACCUCGGCCACCCCGACCACUACUUCCGUGUCAACCACUAGCACUCCCAGCACCAGCUCCACCAGCUCCACCAGCUCCAGCGCCUCCAGCACCUCCAGCUCCGCUGCUACCACCAUGACCACCAUGACCACCACUACCAGCAGCUCCUCAGCCGUAUCCACCAGCACCGGCUCAACCUCUACUUCCAAGUCCAGCAGCACUGCUUCUGCCUCGUCCUCGCAGGCCUCAGUGCCCUCUACCAACGCCGGCCUGGUCAACCGCGUAUCCGGCGGCAUGCUGGCCCUCGUCGCUGGCGCCAUCGCCUUCCUGUAA